GUAUCGUCAGUCUAUCGCGACCGGUGUUCGUAAAUGCCGGCGCUUUAUACGGUUUUAUGAGAACACUUUUUAGAUGACAGGACAUUCAAGUGUUCGUGAUCCUUACUUGGAUGAUGUUAUGUCUUUAAUUAGUUGCGUUAUAUGUAAAAGUUGAUAAAUUAGAUUACAACCAAAUGAUUUAUUUGGAAAUAUUUAAAUAAUUAAUAAUGGUUUAAAAACACCAAUAUUUCAGAAACUUUAAGUGCAUUAGUUAGUUAAUAUUGCUCAUUCAAUAACAAAAUUAUGACUUUAAUGGAAGAUUAUAAAUGAUCUCUGUAAAUAACACAAACAUGGGAAGAAAAUUUUAAUACAUGCUUAUUCACUGCCAAUGCAGUACAAACCUAAAACAAGAUUAUACAUUUCACGAACUUAUCUACUACAAAACUAAUUGGAUAAACCAUAGAAAAUGUGGAUAAGAAUAUUAAUAACCUAUAAUACUAACAGUUAAUUCAAAUGAUUUUAUUAUAUUACUUUAAAUAAUAUUAUACUAUUUCUCUAUCUUUAAAUAAUCCUUAGCAGUGGUAUCUUUAAUUGAAAUAUUAAAAUUCAUCUUCUGCAGCAUCCCAUCUGUAACAUUAUCAUAUUUGAACUUUUUAAAUAAUAUAUAAUUAAUAGACAUUUUUAAUUUUCAUCAACAAUAGUGAUGUAAAACAUGCUAUUAUUAUUUUGCCAAGAAGAAUGAUUAACUUGCACAACAUAGAAAAAUGGUAAACCAGAAUUUUGUGAUAGAACUGUUUCUUAUGAUGUUUUCAACACUUAACUUACUUGCACGUGGGUCGCGCGCGCCAUGCUGCCAAUAAACGAUGUGAUGGAUUUAUGGACAAGUUGAUCUCAUAUCCUAGAUAAUCUAGUUUUUAGUGUUGUGUGAGGGAAGAUACUAAAAUAAAGUGAUGUUAUAAUUACAUAAAUAAUUAGGCAAGGAUAAUUAAUAACAAUAAAAGUUAUUUUUAAAUGACGUUUUUUAAAGUGAAGAUCACAUGUAAAUGACAUCGCCAAAUAGGAUUAAUUUCCAAGUGUAGUGCUUUGAAGAAAAAUAAUUAGAAUUACGAUGGCAGCAAAGCAUAGAAAGAGUCCAUGCCUCAUUAUAACCAUUCUCCACAUCGUAACAUUAAUGUGUCAAGGGUUAAACUUUCUGGUGAAAGGUGAUCAAGUUAAAAAGGGCAUCUCCAUUGUGAUCUGAAAUCUUGACGUAAUGAAAGUGGGGGAAAAGAAUGAUGGCUGACACACCGAUGUUAGAACGGUUCUAAACUGUGCGCUAUGGAAACAAGUUUCAACUAUUUUUAUUAAAUAAGAAAAGAAAAUUGCUUGGAAUAGCAGAAGCUUACAAAUUUGCCGAAUGCACAUCGUCAGCAACAAAUUUUAUAGAACGGGAAAAUGUUUUACAUGUCGGGCAUGUACUAUUUUGUAAGAAGAAGUGAAUGACAAAUAUUAUUUCUUAUAAGAUUAUUUUAUUCUGUUUCCAAACAACAUAUCUGAAGAAUUCCAUUUAUGAAAUCAAAGAAGAAAUAAAUCUUAAUGGAAAUAUAAAAGAAAUUAACUGCACGUAAUAUUAAAAGUGCAAGCAUAUAGAUGCAGUUUUAUUGCACUUGCACUUCUUUUAUAACGAGAAUUUGGAAAAAAGUAAACAAUAUGAGUACAUACAUUCCUAUAGACUAUGAGGGGAAAGAUGUUGCUUGAUCAGAAGUCAAUUCAAGUUGGAGUUUGGAAACUUUACAAUGAAAAGAAGGUCUUCGAUUAAAAAGAAGAAAGAAUCUUUCCAAUUGGAAGAAAUAUGAUCUAGGGAGUUGAACAAGAUUUGAUAAGCUCCAUUAUAUUGACAAUAUCAAAGAUACUCACAGUAACAUAAAACAAGUAUAGUAAACUUUCUAUAAGACGUUCAUUAUGGUACAGUACAUAUUAAUUAAACUGACUGUGAGUAUAAGAAAAGAGAAUCUCCAUUACCAUAAGGAGGACCAUGCUGCACAAUUUACUCUUACACAACAUCCAAUGUUUGCUGAGCCAAUUCCCAAUGUAACCGUACCACUUGGAAGGGAUGUCAGUCUACCAUGUAUUAUUGAAAAUUUAGGAACACAUAAGGUUGCAUGGAUUCACGUAGAUCGUCAAAUGCUUGUUACUAUCCAUAAACAUGUAGUAGCAAAAAUACCGAGGUUUAGUGUUACAAAUGACAAUCACAGAAGGUGGCUUUUAAACAUUCGCAGUGUGGAGCAGCAGGAUAGAGGUUACUACAUGUGCCAAAUUAACACAAAUCCGAUGAUAAGUCAAGUUGGAUAUUUACAAGUAGUAGUUCCGCCAAAUAUAUUAGAUUCAUAUUCAACCGAAAGCACAAUCGCUGUCCGAGAGCAUCAGAAUGUCACUCUCACUUGUAAAGCUGAUGGGUUUCCUACACCUACAUUAAUGUGGCGAAGAGAAGACACAGAGGCUAUUUUCAUAGAACGACGGAUGAAAGUGCCUAAGCACGAAGGAGAGCAUCUAAACUUGAGUAAAAUUACGAGAGCUGAAAUGGGAGCUUAUCUUUGUAUUGCUUCAAACGGUAUUCCACCAACUGUUAGUAAAAGGAUCACAGUGGAUGUUGAAUUUUCUCCAAUGAUUUGGGUGCCUAAUCAGCUAGUAGGAGCACCAUUAGAAACAAACGUAACUAUUGACUGCAAUACUGAGGCAUAUCCAAGAGCGAUUAGUUACUGGAUUUAUAAUUACACUAUGGUGUUAUCUAAUGAAAAAUAUACAACAACUAUAGAAGAAAACAGUUAUAAAACUUCCAUGAAACUGACUAUAAGAAGUCUAAAAAACGGAGACUUCGGAAAUUAUCGAUGCAUUAGCAAAAAUUCACUUGGAGAAACAGAGGGUUCAAUUAGACUAUACGAAAUACCAAAACCAUCAGCACCACCAAAGGCUACAGAAAUCAAAAGCAACGCUAACAAAGAAGAAAGAAAGACGACUCCAGUUCCACCAAAGAGAAUAACUACUUCAUGGCCAACAUCACACUAUUCUAACUAUCCAGAGAAAACAGAGAAACCUCCAACGAGAGAAGAGAAUAUUAGAAAAGCAGAAGAAAAACUGCGCAGUCAUAGUACAGGAAGUGCAUACAUAAUCAGAUGGAGUGCUCCACAGUUGAUGGUUGUUGCAGUGCAAUAUAUUUUGACUGGAACUUACAUUCCCCCAUAUGUUGACGUUGCGGUAAAUUAAAAAAAAAGUUGUAGGAAAUUGUACUUUACAAAAUAAGUGUUUUCUCAAAAGGAAAGGAAAACGAAAUUUAAAUGCAAGCAGCUCGCAACAAAUGAACUUUGUACUUUAUGUAGCCUAAUUGAAGAUGGGGAUUGUAAGCCUGAUUUUAAGUGGGAUAUAAUAUUUAAACAAUAUGUGCGAGUAACUUUCUCUUUAAAUUCUUAAAUCGAUUUGUUCAUUAUAAAUUUUUUUAAUUGUUUAUACUUCUGAAAACAUUAUGUUCAUUGUACAAUAACAUUAAAAAAAAAUUAUGUAAUUGCUAUGUAAAAAGAAUAGUUGCUAUACUAUGAUUCUAUAACUUUAUUACUUUAACAAAAUGUUAUUUACUUUAUAACAUAAAUAUAUCAAUGCGAUAUAAUUGUUAAAUAGUUCUAUAUGCUUAAGGAAUCAAAAAUACAUCUUUAAUUGCUCAUAUUUAAUUAUUUUUGUACAUAAAAUAUAAUUUUUAACCCAUAUUAUACGGCAGGUAGAAAAAUCGACCAGAAUAUUUGAUAAAUUCAAAAGGUGAGAAUAAAUAUUGUAUCACCUGGCAAUUGUUAUAUCAUUAUUAUAUCACCUUAACAUUUAUGUUAACAACCUUUGACGUAAUGCAUAAAUGUUUGUUUGACUAUAUAUUCUGCUAUUAAUUGGGUCCUACAGCUGAAUUGAGAACCAAUUUUUAUAAAAUAAAAUAUUACGAAAAUAUAUCAACAAAAUUUUAAAUGAUUAUUCUUUUCAAUUAUGUCUAUAUUACAUUAAAAAUAGUGUGAACACGCCCGUGAUUUGCUUGUGAUAAAGAACAUUGAGUGAGAACUGCGAUCAGUAGCGGAAUGUGGUCGAUUUUUCGACCACGCGUAAGUUCUAAGAAUGUAUAAAUAAUUGUAAGUCUAGAAACUAAAGUGAUAAUGGAAAUUCAGAAAUCUGCAUUGGUUACCAUAUAUAAGAACUUAUAUAAAAACUUAUAAAAUAACAUAGAACAAAAUCAAUUCCAACAUACACGUUUUUAAACAAUUUUUAAUUCUUAAAAUGUAAUAAUAAAUAUAAAUGGAAUAACAACAGAAUUAAUCUGAAGUUACUCCAAAUUGCACGUCUGUAUAGCUUUUAUGGAAUUUAAACUUUGCUCAAAAUUUUUUAAACAAUUUCUAUAGCCGAGGUCAAAAAAUAACAAUUGAAAAUUUUGCUUCUUUAUAGAAGGAAAAUAGAAAAUAAUAAAAAAUUUUAAGUUAUUGAAUUUAUUCCAAACUUCGCCAAAAUGUUGUCAUUAUUAGUGGAAGUCUAUAAAUAUCAUUGUAUUAGAUAGCAUA